AUGGCUGACCGUGGAAGAGGUUUCGGUAGAGGCAGAGGUCGUGGCCCACGCCGUGGCAGACAAACCAAGGACGAAAGCAAGGAAUGGGUCCCUGUCACUAAGCUCGGUCGUCUCGUGAAGGCUGGCAAGAUAAAGUCUAUGGAAGAAAUUUACCUCUUCUCCAUCCCAGUUAAGGAGUACCAAGUCGUCGACUUCUUCCUUCCAAAAUUGAAGGAUGAAGUUAUGAAGAUCACCCCAGUUCAAAAGCAAACCAGAGCUGGUCAACGUACACGUUUCAAGGCUUUCGUUGCUAUUGGUGACUCUGACGGCCACGUUGGUUUGGGUGUCAAGUGUGCUAAGGAAGUUGCUACCGCUAUCCGUGGUGCUAUGAUCGCCGCUAAGUUGGCUACUAUCCCUGUCAGACGUGGUUACUGGGGUAACGCACUCGCUGAACCACACACCGUUCCAUGUAAGGUCUCAGGAAAGUGUGGUUCCGUUAUGGCUAGAUUGAUCCCAGCACCAAGAGGUACUGGUAUCGUUGCUGCUCCAGCUUCAAAGCGUAUGUUGCAAUUGGCUGGUAUCCAAGAUUGUUACACCCAAACUAAGGGUAACACCGCAACCAUGGGUAACUUCAUCAAGGCUACCUUCCAAGCUAUCUCUGGUACUUACGCUUUCCUCACUCCUGACCUCUGGCGUGAAAUUGCUCCACCACAACAUCCAUUCGAAGAGCACUCAGCUCACCUUCAACUCGCUCAAAAGCGUUCAGCAUACUAA